AUGGCUGCCAAGUCCAACGCCGUCCCCAUGGCCGUCGUCCUCAUCGUCGCCAUCUUUCUCCUCUUCACAUUUUGGCAGAACAAUCUCAGCGUGCAUUACGGAUCUUUCAAUUCCGGGAAUCGCAACGGCGUGGCCAAGGAUGCCGGGCAAGAACCCGAACCCGAACCCGUCACCGUCACCGUCACCGUCACGGCGCCGGCCGCCGAAUCCACCGCCGGGGGCACGCUGGUAGAGCAAGACACGCCCGCAGUGGCGGUGGCCAAAGAGAGCAAGCCGCGGUAUAUCUUUGUUGAUUUGGGCGCCAACGGCGCCGACUCGCUCCAGACGUUUUUGGAGGAACCGGAAGCCAAGUUAAAAUACGACUUUCCCGCGCCGCAGUGGGCGACACACGACGAUGCCGAAAUCUUUCUCUUCGAGGCCAACCCCGUCUUCAACGACGCUCUCGUGAACGCCCGCCAAAAAUACGCCGCCGUCGGCAAGGCCAUCACCAUCUACCCCUCCACCGUCGUCGACACUACCGACGGCCUGCGCACCUUUUACCUCGACGAGGUCAACGAGGACCACAACUACUGGGGCUCGUCCACCUACAAGAAUCACCCCGACGCCGUCGCCUCUGGCGGCAAAGGCACCGAGCUGUCCGCUAUCAACAUUGCCCGCUGGCUGCUCAUGAAUACGCUGCCGCACGACUUUGUCGUUGUCAAAAUGGAUAUCGAAGGGGCCGAGUAUGACAUUGUCCCGCACCUGGUCAAGAUGCGGGCGUGGACCGUGAUCGAUGUGUUGCUGGUCGAGUGGCAUGGUCACUUGCCGACGGACGAGGCCCGCCAAGAGGCCAAGGAUGCCCUGGAGAAGCUGCAGGCGCAAGGCGUCAGCUGCCCGCAUUAUGAUUCUUCCACGUAG